CAUUGGGUGCGUGUUGUUGCUAGGGGCGUUUGGCUUUGCGUCGAAGGUAGAACAAGUAUCAGUGUGUCGAUACAUGGUUGCAGGGUGAAAGGAUCUGGAAGACACGGACUAUAUCUGGCGAGGUCUUUGCAUGGGCGACGCGCUGCUACGCACAUCAUAUUCCAACGCCGGACGCACGCUGCCGCAGUGGGCAUAUAAUCGGAUAAGCGCCUUUUUUCCCCCGCUCCCAAGACGACGCUCAGAAUACAAAAGUAUUAGUUCUGGUGGUAAUACAGGGUGUUUUCAGGUCACUUCAUUAACGACAAAUUCUGAUUUGUUUUGUCUCCUGGGAACUAGCCUACCAAACUAUUUAUUUUAUUAUUAACCAGUAUUGUGAAUCGCACCUUUGCGUCCAGAUGAUGACAGCUGCGCACUGGGCUCAUGUCGCGUGACCCUGUCUUCAAAGAGACCGCUGAGAGUCCUGGACUCAAGCGCGCACACCCACCUCGCCUUCCUACCCUUCGGGGGUCUUUCAUACAAUUUUCCUAGACGAUCAACACGGGGACUAAAGCGUUAAGAGGAACGAAACACAUGACUUAAUGAAGGUAGCCUAUACCGUUCAAACCACAAUGGCACCGGACUAAACUACGGGCUAUACGUGCUACUGUGGCACGGGUGAUCGGCGGGUGAGAGGGGCUACAGAGGAGCACGGAGCGAUGCGCCCUUCAUCCCAAGUUUGACAUUCGUUUCACAUUUGAGAAGUUCUCCCGAAGACUCAAGAUAUCACAUCCAGGUUGAGUCUUUGUCACAUGUGAGAAAGCUGCGUCAUCCCCCGGCAGGUGAUGCAGGCGCUAUGAGCCAAGCAUAAGGUGAGCUUAUUCUCUCCUAUGACUGGAAAGAGGCUGUGAGGCUUGAUGUUUCCGCUAAGCGUUUGAGGUUUCACUAUACGGAUGGAGUCGGCGGACGAUUCGGACGCGCCGUUGGGAUCCACAUUUUCCUCGGUCCCAAAUCUGGAAUCGGACGAAAAUGCAAACGCCAUCGGGCAUAUAUACGAGAAUGGGGCGGCCGACUACAACGUUAACCUACAGAACGAGGCGAUGCGGGGGUCCAGCGACCCCACGGCAUACCCCGCCGCGGACUACCGAGGGAUGGUCCGGCAGCGGUUCAUUCGCCGGAGCCUGUGGUUCUCCGAGACGGAGGACCCGCAGCCCGAGCAGACGGAGAGUCUCCACAGCAGCCCGGUUCUCAGCUUCCAGCUGCGAACCAUCGUGGAUCGAACUCGGAGCAACAGGACGGUGGUUGAGACCCUCAGGGCCACCCAAGAGGACCGGGCUGAGACAGAGGUCUUGGCGGUGGACGCACUGGUGAAGCUCAGCCUGAGCGCCACGGACAGCGUGAACACGGACGAGGACAACGUCUCCAACGGAGACAACAAGGGAGACGUGCCGUCGGAUGUCACUGCAGGGAGUGACGAGAACGAGGAGGAAGCCGGCAUGAAAGCAGUGUCAACCUCACCCGGAGGGCGUUUCCUCAAGUUCGACAUUGAACUUGGGAGAGGGUCUUUCAAAACGGUCUACAAGGGCCUUGACACUGACACGUGGGUCGAGGUGGCGUGGUGUGAGCUGCAGGAACGAAAGCUCUCGAAGGUGGAGAGGCAGCGGUUCAAAGAGGAGGCGGAGAUGUUGAAAGCACUGCAGCAUCCCAACAUCGUUCGCUUUUACGACUUCUGGGAGUCCCCGGUGAAGGGGAAGAAGUGCAUCGUCCUGGUGACGGAGCUCAUGACCUCAGGGACACUUAAAACGUAUCUGAAGCGCUUCAAGGUGAUGAAGCCCAAAGUGCUAAGGAGCUGGUGCAGACAGAUCCUGAAGGGUCUCCACUUCCUGCACACCCGGACCCCCCCCAUCAUCCACAGGGACCUCAAGUGUGACAACAUCUUCAUCACGGGCCCCACGGGAUCCGUCAAGAUCGGGGAUCUGGGCCUGGCCACCCUUAAGAGAGCCUCUUUCGCUAAGAGUGUCAUCGGUACCCCAGAGUUCAUGGCCCCGGAGAUGUAUGAGGAACACUACGACGAGGCCGUGGACGUCUACGCCUUUGGGAUGUGCAUGCUGGAGAUGGCCACCUCCGAGUACCCCUACUCUGAGUGCCAGAACGCUGCUCAGAUCUACCGCAAAGUCACCAGCGGAGUAAAACCCGCCAGCUACUGUAAAGUCAGCGACCCGGAGAUCAAGGAAAUAAUCGGCGAAUGCAUUUGUAAUCGAUGGGAGGAGAGAUACUCCAUCAAGGAUCUUCUGAACCACGCCUUCUUCGCCGAGGACACCGGCGUGAGGGUGGAGCUGGCGGAGGAGGAUGACGGGAAGAAGUCGGCCAUCGCCCUCAAGCUGUGGGUGGAGGACCCCAAGAAGUUAAAGGGGAAGUACAAGGACACCGGCGUCAUCGAGUUCAGCUACGACCUCGAGACGGAGGUCCCAGACGGGGUCGCUCAGGAGAUGGUGGAGUCGGGCUUCUUCCUGGAGAGCGACGCCAAGAUCGUGGCCAAGUCCAUCCGGGACCGCGUGGCGUUGAUCAAAUGGAGACGCGAGCGGACCGUGGCGCCCGGAGAGGGCGAGCCGCCCGCCAAGAAGCGGCAGGCGGCGGACGUCCUACGGGUGCCGGGCGCGGCCCCCGUGCGGCCCGGGGCCGACAGCGCUGUGAGCUCCACCGUGCAACCUGAUGACUGUCAGCAGAGGGCCGGCGCCGCCUACCCCUCGCUGCCGGAGCCCGCCGUCCAGACGCUGUACAGCCCCCCGUCCCUGCCUGAUCACAUGCCCCAAGAGGUCCUACCGACGCCUACAGCACAGCCCCCGCACGACAGCUACGCACAGGCCUCCACGCAGCAGCAGCAGCAGCAGCAGCAGCAGGCCUUCGGGCAGAACACCCAACCACUCCAAGUAGCCUACCAACCGUCUGCACUCCUCGGAGCCCCGGGGCCCUACCAGUCCCCGACACAUCCUCCGCACCGCGACCCCUGUCCGAGGAGGGGUCGGGGUCACGCGGCGAGUGUAGAAGCCCAGACGGACACGCUACACGCUAGUAGCCUCAGCUCAGAAGCUAUCUGUGAAUCUCCCGGUUCCACGUCGCCUCCGUCUCAUACGCACCCUCCCCACCCCCGCUGCCACCACCACCACCGCCCCGGCUGCCGUUAUGACUCUGCAACCCUCCCCGAGGGCGAUGCUGCCCCGUGCCUGAUGCCCUCGAGGUGCCCCUCUGGGUGGCGUCUCAGCUCCCAGCGCAGGUCAGAGUCCCCCGACCGCUGCGAGGCCCGCGUGUCCCUCCUCCAGAAGGACGAGUCAGAGGACGAGGGCCAUCUCGUGCACCAGCGCCCCGGGUGUCUCUGCCAAAACCCCGCCAGCGACUCGUCCGCGUCGCCCACGCUCACGUCAACAACAACGACCUCUGGACGUCUGCCCGGUAGCCUGGCAGGAUCCCCGGACCAUUCGCCCUCGCGCGGCGCGUCCGGCUCUUGGAUAGAGCUCGGCCACGCGGGCGUUAACGGCGACGGAGGCCUGGGUCUCCUUCAUCAGUGUCUUCAGAACAUCGUGAGACGCGGCCGAACCUGUUCAAUGAGUCCCCUGGAAACGGGAGCCGCGCAUCUCCCCGCUCGCAGCCGUGAGGCGGACGCCAGCCCGUCCCGGCGAGCCGAGAGGUACGACCAGGGGCAGGCGUGGGAGACGGGCCAGCUGUCCAAACGCGCGGCGCCGUCAGUAUACCAGAGUAGACCCACAGCACAAAGCUACCUGCCUGCGGACGCCACGGCUCAACCACCACUCGCCGCCCAGCCCAGCCACGAGCAGUCGUCCGCCGCGCUCGGCACGCCGCUGACCCCCGUGUCUGUGUCCGGGUGGGUGCCCCCGCCUCCGCGUCUCCCCGCGCCGACGCCCCCCUCGGGCCCCCCCGGGGGGGAUCACGGGUACCCCUCCAUCUCCCAGCCCAACUUCUGCCCCUUCCAUCUCACCCAUACCCUGCCUCUCUCCCAGGUGCAACCCACCCUUUACCCCGCCCCCAACCCUGAGCAGGAAUGGGCAGAGCCGCCUGUCAAGGUGCAAGCGGGGCCUACCCAGGAGGGCCGGGGACAUGUCCACGGCCUGGCUCAGAACCAGCCCCCGGCACUGGCCCUGGAGACCUCCGCCUGGGGAGGCGGUUUGCAGGCGGAAGCUGCUGCUGCUGCUGCUGCAGCCGGUCUGGACCUAUCUGCAGUGUCCUCCUUGAACCUCCCUGCCCAGGCCCCGAGCCAGCCCACCUCCGUUCAGGGGGCAUCUCAAGCCCCUGCCUUAGCGCAGGCUCCAGGGCCGGGCCAAGGUACGGCCCUGCCCCACCACCAGGCCCCACCGCCCGCCUCUGUCCCGGUUCAAGGCCUUGCAUCGGUGCCGUCCGCCGCCUCGGCCUUACCUCUGACCCACACGCAGACCAAAGGCGGCCGCCCCAUGUUGCCUACGUUAACUACAACCCAAAGCCCUAGCGCAUAUUGUGCUGCAGGCCAGCCUUCCUCCCUGGCCCCGGGUCUGAUCUCCGUCGCCGCGGGUCCAGGGGAACAGCCAGUGUCUGUUCAGCUCGCUGUUGAGCAAGCUGUCCCGGCACCAGGACCUCGUCCAGCUCUUCAGUCGGCUGGCAUGCAGACGACUCCCCAGGCUCCUGAUGCGGCCCUGGUUGCAACUCAGCAAAAUGUAGACUCUGCAUCAGCGUCUGCAGCGCAACAAACAGAGCCGGCUGCGGAGGAAGUGCUUCCAGAGAAGCCAAUACUUUUACCCAAUUAUGCUUAUGAAAGCACCCACUCCGACGUGGCGUCGGGCAAGGAGACCAGCGACGGCUGUGAGGGUCUGGCCGCCGGCGUGCGGACGGACGGAAAACACCGGAAGCACCACCGCAAGUCUUCCCGCACACGCUCCCGUCAGGAGAAGAUCAGCAAACCCAAGCUCAGCAUGCUGAACGUGGUGAACAUGGGGGACAAAAUGGUGGAGUGCCAGCUGGAAACGCACAACCACAAAAUGGUGACGUUCAAGUUCGAUCUGGACGGCGACGCUCCAGAGGAAAUCGCCACAUAUAUGGUAGAAAAUGGCUUCAUCUUACACGUAGAGAAGGAGAUCUUCAUUGACCAGCUGAAGGACAUCGUGGACAAGGCUGAGGACAUGCUGAAUGAGGACGGUGUGGAAGGAGAAACCGUCUCCACAUUGGUUGGAAGUCCCCAACUAGGCCAAAUUGAAGGGCUAAUGAAUGAGAAUCAGCCUCCCGGGGUGUCACAGCCGGUCUAUCAGCAGAAUGUUCUCCAUACAGGAAAACGAUGGUUUAUAAUCUGCCCCGUGGAGGAGACCCCGACAUCCAGCCAGGAGACCCCCUCCGAGGCCACCACCACCCCCGGGAGCUCAGCCGCCACCCAGCCGGCCGAUGGGGGCCCCCCGGGGCCCCCCACCACCAGAGACGAGGGCGGCCAUCGCCACGGCUCCUCCUCCACCAUGUCCGGGGGCAGCGGGGGCUUCAUCUACGACGGCUACGCCUUCUGCAGCCCCCCCAUCAUGUCCAACACGGACCCCCUCCUGCUGGCCGCCCUGUCUCCUCCCAUCGCGGCGCCGCCCCCGCUCCAGUCGGAGGAGCCUCACAUGCAGCUCCCCCAGCCCCCCGGGGGUCUUGCCUCCCUGGCCCCCCUGGACGAGACCCAGGCCCCCCCCCCGCCGCCGGCCCCCGGGUCCCCGGGGCAGCACGCCGCCCAGCAGAUGACGGAGAUGGCGUGCACGGCCUCCAUGGUGGACGAGGUGCCCUGCUGCCCGCUGGUCAUGCCCCUGUCCCUGGACGUGAGGGCGUCGGAGCCCCCGCCGGCCCCGCAGGAGGCCGCCAUGCCCCCCCCCUCCUACGCCUCCUGCUCCUCCACCAAGCAGCAGCAGCAGCAGCAGCCCGUGGUGCUCCACCAGCCCUUCUCCAGCGUGGCGGGGGCCAAAGGCUCCUCCCUCCCCCAGAGCCCGGGGCCGAACCAGCUGCCGGCGGGGCCUGGCGAGUCGGACGGGGAGGGGCGGUUGAGCCGCGGCGGGGGCGGCGGCUUCGUGGACAGCACCAUCAAGACGCUGGACGAGAAGCUGAGGAACCUGCUGUACCAGGAGUACGCGCCCAUGUACCCGUCGGGGACCGCCGCCGAGACCCCCGGCUCGGGGACGGAGUACGUCCAGUCGCCCCCCGGGCCGGACAGCGCCGCUGGGACCCCGGGGCCCAUGGGAGAAGGGCGGUACCGCGCCGGGGAACAGCUGCCCCAGAUCCCGGAGAGGAUGGACAGCCUGAGCACCCUGAGUGACUCGGCAGUCUGCGCUCCCCUCUCCCGGAGACACGUCCCUCACUCCGCCUCCUGCUGCGGAACCAGAGGCCGCUUCAAGAUGAUCCCCGUGGCUCCCGAGGUGGUCCCCAGACAGGACGUCAAGCUGAGGAGCUGGAGCACGGCCACCUCCCCGCCGCACCCCAGCGGCGCGGAGCUCGCGGACGCCGGCGGCGCGGCUGGCACCGCCGCCGCCACCCGGAUCGGCCGCUUCUCCGUGGUGAGCACGGAGGACGACCUGACGCAGAGGACCUGCAGCAGCCGCUACUCGGCCCCGCCCGACUUCUACCUGGACACGCCCCCUCCCCUGGCCAAGCGGCCCGCCAUACCGCACUCCCUCACCUCCCCCGCCGCCACCGGCGCCGCCGCCGGGCACCAGGACGCCACGGCGCACGCCCGCUUCCUGUCCUCGGACUCGGGCGCCGAGAGCAGCCCGGUGAAGCUGGCCUACUCCACGCCGUCCCGCCACGCGCGCUCCGAGCGCCGGGGGAGCGACCUCAUGAAGAGGGCGGUGGCCUUCCUGCGGCGCCCGGGCCGCAGCAGCAGCGUGCAGAGCUCUGAUUCGCCGAGCCGCCGCACGGGCCACACGGGCUCCGCCUACGGCAGCAGCGACAACGACUCGGAGAUGGAGGAGUCGGACAUGAAGAGAGAACUGCAGAGGCUGCGGGAGAAACAUCUGAAGGAGAUCUCUGAGCUGCAGGCCAAUCAGAGGGGAGAAGUAGAACUGCUGUAUCACCGCCUUGGCAAGAACCCUCCGCCCGGCCAUUCACACACAGCGCCCCCCACUGGCCGCAGGAGGAGGUCCAGUAAGCACAAACUCAAAGCUGGAAAACUCCUCAGCCCCCUGGUGCAGCAGUUUAAAAACGUUACGACUAAAAUGAGCGACAGUAAUAAAGCCAGUGGAGGUGAACCGGCGGUGAGUUUGAACGGGUCUCCAGCCAAACUCUCUCUCCCCACACGCAGCCGUACUCAGUCUGGCACCGGCCACCUGCCCAGCCCCCCUUCAGAGCCCGUUCAAACCCAACAGCCGUGCUCGCUCAAGGGCUCCCUGUCCUCGGAUAAUAUUUACACCGGUCUCCAUGGUGAGAUGACCUCUACGCAACCUCCCCCCGGACAAGGCUGGUCUAAUAACCCUCCACCAUCUGAGAGAGUGACCCAUAAAUCGAGUAGCAAGCCAAGAGCUAGAUUUCUCAGUGGGCCUGUGUCUCUGUCCAUCUGGACAACACUCAAACGGCUGUGUCUCGGCAAGGAACGGGGCAGGUCUGGAGCAGGGCCAGGGGCUUCAUGUCAUCCGCCUGGCCAGCCGGCGGCCACUUCCACACCCCCACCCCACCAGCCGGUGGGGGGCCCGGCCCAGUCCCAGGUGAACAACAGCAACAACAAGAAGGCCAGCUACUGCGGGAACUGGAUGGGCAUCAGCGAGGGCUGCCUGACCGAUGAGCUCCAGCUGCUGAUGGACAACUGGGCCCAGGAGGUGCUGGUGGUCACUCAGAGACCCCGCAGCAACUCCCUCAGACUCACCCAGGAGCACGUCUGCUCUGCACACAUGGUCCACACCCAGACUCUGGAUAGACAGGUUCCACCGCGGACGGCCUUAGAUCCCGCUCGGGGCCGGCAGCAGCAGCUCCUCCAGUCCUGGCCAAUGGGUGACCGGCGUUCCUCGGCCACGCUCAGCCAGCCCGGUGCCGCCGCCGCCGCCGCGGGCUGCCGGCCCGGCUACCCCCUCGACCUGUCCUCGCCCCUCUGUGUGACGCAGUGGCCGAGCCCCCUGGCACCCCUCCCCGCGGGGGUGUUCGCCUUCCCCGGGGUGCCCUCCCCCGCCACCCAGCACCCCCCCUUCGAGGCCCCCGACCCCAAAACGAGGACUCUGUAA